AUGUUUCAUUAUGAGCUCGCGGAAGGAGCAAAGCGGUCAAAAUCUAAGUGGCAAAAGGACGCAAUGGAGGUUGAAUACGCGAGCAAGACUACGGACAAGCACAGCAAUGCCGAAAUUACAAGCCACUCGGGCAGAAUGCCACCUGCGGCCGCUUCCAGACCAGGCGAUGCCCUCAGACAAAAUACCAUCUGCGGCCAGGGUGAGGCUAGGCGAGCACCCCAGACGUCGCCGCAGAGAAAACGAACAGCAGAUGGAGCGAUCAAGCGACAGCGUGUGUCACCCAUAUCUGACCCAAGAGAUGGCCUUCUACCACAUGAUGACCACAGAAGAAACUCUGACGUGAAGUUGAAGAUGGAUUUGGACAUCUUGCGCCGCCGUAUUGCAGUGAUUGAGGCACAAGAGCAGGGCAGCUUCCAGCAUAGGUCGGGUUCGAAACGAGCAGAGCCAGUGGGACUGGGACAGCAGCAGCAGCAGCAGACAAGAGGUACACAAUAUCCCGAACCAGAAAACAGUCUGAUGGACUGGAAGGAGGUGACCCUUCGAUGA